GAGCCGGUGCGGUUCCUCCCUCCCCGGGUGAAUCACCCCGUCCGCACGCCAGCUAGCAGCUCCAGCUCCGAGCGCCCGUGCUGUACUCCUGCUGCUCCCGCCUGCAGCCUCCCUCUCCUCCUGCGCUUCCGUCGCGCCCUCUGAGCCCCGUUUCCCAGGCCGUGGCAGCCCCCCAGGACCGGAGCCAUGUCGGGCAUCGCAGCCAAAGUGGUGAAAGAUCGGGAGACGGCGGCCGGCCUGGGCACUCACGAGCAGGCGGUCAAAUACCUCAACCAGGACUACGAGGCGCUUCUCGGCGAAUGCCUGGAAGAAGGCAAGCUCUUCCAGGACCCUUCCUUCCCGGCCAUUGGAUCUUCCCUGGGGUUCAAGGAACUGGGACCGCAUUCGAGCAAAACUCAAGGCGUCGUCUGGAAGAGACCCACGGAGAUCUGUUCCGAUCCCCAGUUUAUUAUUGAAGGAGCAACCCGCACGGACAUCUGUCAAGGAGCGCUAGGUGACUGCUGGUUGCUGGCAGCCAUCGCCUCCCUCACCCUGAAUGAAGAAAUCCUGGCCAGGGUGGUUCCUAAAAACCAAAGCUUCCAGGAAAACUAUGCUGGGAUCUUCCAUUUUCAGUUCUGGCAGUAUGGUGAGUGGGUAGACGUGGUGGUGGAUGACAGGCUGCCCAUAAAGAAUGAUGAGCUGCUCUUUGUCCACUCGGCCGAGGGAAGUGAAUUCUGGAGCGCCCUCCUGGAAAAAGCCUAUGCCAAGGUCAACGGAUGUUACGAAGCUCUCUCAGGAGGCGCUACCACAGAGGGCUUUGAGGACUUCACUGGUGGGAUAGCUGAGUGGUAUGAGCUGAGGAAGGCCCCUGACAACUUGUUCACCAUCAUCCAGAAGGCCCUGCAGAAGGGUUCUCUCCUUGGCUGUUCUAUUGAUAUCACCAGCGCUGCAGACUCGGAGGCUGUAACUUUCCAGAAGCUGGUGAAAGGACAUGCAUACUCAGUCACUGGAGCAGAAGAGGUGGAGUUUAGAGGAAGCCUGCAGAAGCUGAUUCGCAUCCGAAACCCCUGGGGAGAAGUGGAAUGGACUGGAAAGUGGAGUGACAACUGCUCUAACUGGAACAGCAUAGACCCGGAUGAGAGGGAGAGACUAACCAGGAAAUUUGAAGAUGGAGAAUUCUGGAUGUCUUUCAGUGACUUCUUGAGGCACUAUUCUCGCCUAGAGAUCUGCAACCUAACCCCAGACACGCUAAUCAGUGAUACCUACAAGAAGUGGAGACUCACCAAGAUGGAUGGGACCUGGAGGCGGGGUUCUACUGCAGGGGGCUGCAGGAACUACCCAAACACUUUCUGGAUGAACCCUCAAUACAUGAUCAAGCUGGAGGAGGAGGAUGAGGAUUCUGAUGGCUCCGAGCCAGGAUGCACCUUCCUGGUGGGCCUCAUCCAGAAACACCGGCGACGCCAAAGGAAAAUGGGAGAGGAUAUGCACACUAUCGGCUUUAGUAUCUAUGAGGUUCCUGAGGAGUUUUCUGGUCGGACCAACCUCCAUCUCACCAAAAACUUCUUUCUGACGACAAGAGCAAGGGAGAGGUCAGACACGUUCAUCAAUCUCCGGGAAGUGCUGAACCGCUUCAAGCUGCCCGCCGGAGAAUAUGUCAUCGUGCCUUCUACUUUUGAACCCCACAAGAAUGGGGAUUUCUGCCUCCGAGUCUUUUCAGAGACAAAAACUGACUCUCAAGUUGUCGAUGAUGAAAUUGAGGCCAGCCUGGACGAGAAUGAUGUCGAUGAAGAUGGCAUUGAGGACAAUUUCAGAAAACUGUUUGCUCAACUGGCAGGGGAGGAUGCGGAGAUUUCUGCCUUUGAGCUGCAGACUAUCCUGAGGAGAGUCCUAGCAAAACGUCCAGAUAUCAAGUCGGAUGGCUUCAGCAUCGAGACGUGCAAGAUCAUGGUUGACAUGCUAGAUGUUGAUGGGAGUGGUAAACUGGGUCUAAAGGAGUUCUACCUUCUCUGGUCAAAAAUACAAAAAUACCAGAAAAUUUACAAGGAGAUGGACGUUGAUAAGUCUGGCACCAUGAAUGCCUAUGAGAUGCGUAAAGCAUUAGAAGAAGCAGGUUUCAAGCUACCCUAUCAGCUCCAUCAGGUCAUCGUAGCUCGGUUUGCAGAUGACGAGCUCAUCAUCGACUUUGAUAACUUUGUUCGGUGCUUAGUUCGACUGGAAACACUGUUCAAGGUAUUCAAGCAGUUGGACCCGGAGAACACCGGAACAAUAGAACUCAAUCUUACCAGUUGGCUGUGUUUUUCAGUCCUUUGAUGUAAUAAUAACUGACCCUACUGAAGACUUCUCAUGAAAUUACGGUCACCUGAAGACUAAUCUUCCAUAAAAGAAACACUAUGUCCUAGUUUUGAUCUGCAUCUUGAGUUUAUGAAUAGCAACUGCUUGAACUAAUGAUUAGGACUGACAAAAAGUAGCAUUGUCUUAAGUACUUGAGAGAUCAAAAUUUCCAGAUACCCAGUGCAAGAGAUCUGUAGACUCAUUACAUUAUAUGCAAAAAGUGUAGUUUAGCCCUUUGCAACCUCAAUAAAAGCUUUAAUUUUGUAAAUAGGACAUACUUUUUUUUUUACAUGCUUACAUAUGUAUAACAAUAUUAAGUCAAGAAAAAUGCAGGGAAAAACCCAAUACCUAUGCAAACAUGAAGCUGUUUUUACAGGAACCAACCCUUCAUUGUGUAAAUGUAAUAUGUAAAAUGUAAAUGUAAAUAAAAAGUAUUUACAUUUGCAAAUUUAGCUGA